GCACCAACCUGCCGUCAUAAAAGCCCCAAAUACACCAUUGUAAGAGCCCUCGCAAGAAAACACCCUCUUCUCCAACAAGAAAAGCAAAGUUCAAACCCCAAGUAAAUAUCCCUGUCUUUCUCUCCCACACGCUCGCAUUCUCAGCUUUUCCUCUCUGCGUCUUCAAGCAAUAAACCAUGGGUGAUAGCCAGUACUCCUUUUCUCUCACUACUUUCAGUCCUACCGGAAAGCUAGUACAGAUUGAGCACGCAUUGACUGCCGUUAGAUCAGGCCAAACUUCUCUCGGAAUCAAAGCGGCAAACGGUGUUUUUAUUGCAACUGAGAAGAAAUUACCAUCUAUUUAAGUCGAUGAAUCUUCUUAAUAACAUAAGUAUAGAGACAUGGGCUUGUAGCACUCCAACUGAAGAAGCUGAUGAUUGUUGUGGAAAAGCAACGUGGAUUCUAGCCAAUGAGGUGUUGGUCUAUAGUUAAUGGGUUUAUAUUGGGAUUCUUAGGAGUAAUUUGAGUUUAGUGACAUCGGCUGUUAGAAAUUUGUUCAAAUUCGGUGUUAAUGCAGUCUAAAAGAACAAGAGAAGAGUGGGAACGUGUUUUAUCUAGCGAACUGUGGGGGCCAGAUGAGGUUGAUAGAGAUCAGGUUGAAAGAGGAAUAUUUAUACCUUUGCUUUUGAGUUACUAUGAUUUACCUUCUGUGGUAAGACGAUGUUUCUUGUAUUGUGCCAUGUUUCCAAACGACUUCGAGAUGGUCAAAGAUGAAUUGGUGAAGAUGUGGAUAGCUCAAGGUUACCUCAAGGAGACUUCAGGUGGAGAUAUGGAGCUUGUAGGAGAGCAGUACUUUCAAGUCUUAGCAGCGUGCUCUUUCUUCCGAGAUUUUGAGACGGAUAAAUUUGAAGGAAAGAAAUUCAAGAUGCAUGAUAUAGUGCAUGAUUUUGCCCAAUAUAUGACAAAAAAUGAAUGUCUAACAGUGGAUGUCAACAACCUUGGAGAAGCAACAGUGGAGACUUCAAUUGAAACGGUUCGUCAUUUAAGUAUGAUGUUAUCAGAGGAGAGCUCUUUUCCUGUGUCCAUUCACAAAGCAAAAGGUCUUCGCAGCCUCUUGAUCGACACUAGAGACCCUUCGCUUGGAGCUGCACUGCCUGAUUUGUUCAAGCAGUUGACAUCCAUCAGGUCAUUGAAUCUGUCAAGGUCUUCAACCGAAGAAAUACCAAACGAGAUAGGGAAAUUGAUACAUUUGAGACACCUUAAUUUGGCAUCUUGUAUGGUGUUGGAGUCCCUGCCAGAAACCAUGUGUGAUUUAUGCAAUCUGCAAUCCCUAGACGUUACUCGGUGUAGGUCUCUCAAGCAAUUACCUAAGGCGAUUGGAAAACUUAUCAAAUUGAGGCAUCUCCAGAUUUAUGGUUCAGGUGUGGCCUUCAUACCAAAGGGAAUAGAGAGGAUAACAUGUCUUCGAACAUUAGAUUGGUUUACUGUGUGUGGUGGUGGUGAGAAUGAGAGUAAAGCAGCUAAUCUAAGAGAAUUAAAAAACUUAAAUCACAUUGGAGGGAGUCUUAAGAUAUGGAAUCUACAAGAUGCGAGUGGUGCUGCAGAAGCACAACUCAAGAAUAAGAAGCGCCUGCUUUGUUUGGAAUUGAAUUUCUACUACAACCAGGAGAACGGCAUUGUAAUUGAAGCUUUACAGCCUCCGUCAGGCUUGGAAUAUCUAACCAUAUGUUGGUACAGAGGGUUGGAAUUGCCAAAUUGGAUGAUGACAUUAACCAGUUUACAGGUGCUUACACUCCGUUAUUGUGAAAACGUGGAGGUCUUGCCUCCGUUGGGGAGAUUGCCCAACCUUGAAAGCCUGGAAUUGAGGUCGUUGAAGGUGAGAAGGUUGGAUGCUGGAUUUUUAGGUAUAGAAAAAGAUGAGAAUGGCAGUAUUAAUGAUGGAGAUAUUGCAAGGGUCACUGCUUUCCCCAAAUUAAAAAAACUUGAGAUUUGGAAUCUCAAAGAAGUAGAAGAGGGGGAUGGAAUUGAAAGGAGAUCAGUGGGAGGAGAAGAUGCCACCACAACUUCAAUAUCCAUUAUGCCACAACUUCGACAGUCGACAAUUCGUAAUUGCCCGUUGUUGAGAGAACUACCAGACUAUGUCUUGGCAGCGCCUCUACAGGAAUUACACAUAAGGAGUUGCCCCAAUUUAAGGAAACGUUACGAGGAGGAGAUGGGUGAAGAUUGGCAAAAGAUUUCUCACAUCCCAAACAUUUGUUUUGAUGAUUGGGUGAGGAAGGUUGAGUGCUUAAGUGGCAAAAGAACUCUUUAGAACCUGCUUUGAGGGUAGUAAUUAUUUUAUUGGAGUUUGCUAAGGUUGAGUGUAAAAUAAUAUAUAAGCCUUGCUUACAUGGAGUAUUUCAUUCAAUAUUACCUAUUUACUGUAAUUGGAUUUUA